AUGCCUGAGUCUUCUGAUAUAUCUAAAACUGCCAUCAAAUACGCCAAUGCCGCUUCCACAUCGCCUGUUCCCGCUUGGGCUCUCUCCGCUGCUCUAGUUUACCGUGGCUUGUCUCUCCAAAAGCCUGUGGACCCCAAGCUUGGUUCCGGUGGUUCCUUUGACUUUAGCAAGUCGGUCGCUGCUUCAAAACCAAGUAGACUUUCCUGCUUCCUAUUUGGCGGUGUUUCUGCAUUGGGUGGCUAUAUCAUUCAUGAUGGCGACGUCCCUAACGGUGCUGGCUUCACCUUUGCCUGGUCCACCUUAUACUUGAUUGUCAAUGGACGUCCUGCUUUCAAAAGUCUACAGUUCUUGCAUUAG